UCUGGCUGAAGGCGCUCUCCUCAUGGCCAGGGGAUUCGAGCUCGCGCCGGCGGAUGGCGGCCCCCGGGUGGCCUUGUCUCCCGGGGAGACGGUGAUCGGACGCGGGCCGCUGUUGGGUAUAACAGACAAAAGAAUAUCAAAAAGACAUGCUAUAUUGGAGCUGGUGGAUGAUCAACUUAAAAUCAAACCGAUCCAUGUAAAUCCUUGUUUUUAUCGGUCCUCUGAAAAGAGCCAGUUAUUGCCAUUGGAGACAAAUAAAUGGCAUUGGUUGAAUCCUGGAGAUAGUUUUUCUUUAUUAGUUGACAAAUACAUUUUUUAUGUUUUCUCUACACAUUCUGAAACUGAAUGUACUUUACGAAAUAGUCAGAUGCUUGAUGAAGAUGAUAGUUUUCCAUCGGAACCACCAUCACAUUGUACCAAACAUAUUAAUUUGAGCCAAUUCUCAGAGUUGGAGGAAACAGCAAAAGUAGCCAUGCCAGUCACUGUACCCCAGAAUAAUUGGCUUUUUCCUGAAAAAUAUAGAAACAGCAAUGAGCAACCAAACUCUGGCCAGAGGAAACGAAUCCUCCCAGCUUGGAUGGUUCAGGGAUAUCUAAAUGUUCAAAACCUUGAGGUACCAUUUGCCCAGGAAGAUGAUGGAAUAACAAAGGGAAGAAUGAACAUGCUUCCAACAUCAUCAAAAAGGAAAAAAAGCUUGUCUUCGGGAAAUUCAGAAAAUAUUGAAGCAGAGCAAGACCUAAAGAAAGAAUGCAGAGUAUCUGAUCAGGAAUACUCAACCAGUUCAUCAAAGGAAGUGAAUGAAUCAUCUGUUGUAAAUAAAACAAAGAUGACUAAGGCCAACACCAAAAAAUCUGAAAUCCCAGGAGAGCAAAUCAAUAAAAAUCUCCAUGAUGAGGACCAUGAACAUAGAACAUCUCCUAGAAAUAAAAGAAAAAAGAUGGAUGAAUAUGAUAAAUAUGAGUCCAUAGAAGAUUCUGGAAAUCUCAAGAGUCACCAUAACAACUUGUUCCAGAAUAAGGACCAAAGAUUUGACCCUGAACUGAGAUCUGACCCUGAGACUUCAAGUUCAAUUAAAAGCAUAGCUGUUCCACAAGAUUCUGAGGAAAAUCAUCCCAGGAGAAUACCUUGCAUUUAUGGAACAAGUUGCUACAGGAAGAACCCUGUCCAUUUCCAGCAAUUUAGCCAUCCUGGUGAUAGGGAUUAUGGAGAUACCCAAAUUAUGAAUCAAGAUGAGGAUGACAACAGACCUGAAUGCCCAUAUGGAGUUUCUUGUUACAGGAAGAAUCCUCAACACAAAAUAGAAUAUAAACACAGUAUUAUACCAUCAGAGAUGAAAACCAAAAGAUCCAGACACAAAGCUACUAAGAAAGGUGUUAGUGUUUUGGAUGAAGACAGUGACAAUGAUGGCCAACCGAAUGAGUAUGAUUUGAAUGACAGCUUUUUAGAUGAUGAAGAAGACGAAUAUGAACCAACAGAUGAGGAUUCUGACUGGGAGCCAGCAAGUGAAGACCAAGAAGGGGAAGAUGUUGAGGAGCUUUUGAAAGAAGCAAAAAAGUUUAUGCAAAAAACCAAAUAACUCCUUUUCUAGGAUUAUGCAAUAUUACUUAUUAAAUUGAACUUAAAAGAAGUUCUUCUUUUCUCUUAAAAGAAAAGAUAUCUGGAGUUGAGGUAUCUGGGCAGUAAUUGUUUUCCUACUUUUUAUAGUUUUAAUUUUUAAUCUUCUUUUAAAGAGGUAAAAGUUUAAGCUUUCAUAACAUGGAAUAGUUACUGGAUAAUCAUGCUUUUGUAUUAUAAAAAUAAAUUUAAUUUGUCUUGAUAUUAAAAUUUUGUUCCUAAAUGUUUAAGAGAAAACUCAGUUAAGGAGCAACUUUUUCUUUCUUAUGUAGUUUUCCUAUGGCAAUAAAAAAAGAAAAAUA